AAACAAACCCAUCCUCUGAUGUAUAACACAAGUUCACAUAGUUCACAUGUUAAAUAGUAACAGACACCCACACUGCGGUCACUGAGGAUGAAUCUCUCACGACAGCAGAGGAUACGGAGAGUGUGGACAUUUUUUUUUGUUUUAAUACAGGAAGUGCACUGUUCACUCCCGUCUCCCCAAAAUGUAACCAUCGUCUCCUUUAAUCUGGAGCACAAGCUCACGUGGACGCCAGGUCCUGGCACAGCAGCCUCCACAUACUUCAGAGUGCAGAGCUGUAGUCAGAAGAGGAAGCUCUGGAUUUCAGUGAAGAACUGUUCUAACCUACAGAUUGGCGAGUCAUGUGAUUUGACCAAAUCUUUUAAGGAAAUGUUCGGUCUUUAUCAAGCCCGAAUGCAAGCAUUCAAUCAGGACCAGGAAUCCAACUGGACCACAUCGGAAUUCUUUACUCCCCUGCUGGACACAACUCUGGGUCCUCCACUUGUAUCUCUAACCGGCUGUGGAAACUGCCUCCUCCUGAAACUCAGUCCACCCAUCAGUAUGGAGCAAAACCAUUACCUACAUGCAUACUUUUAUCAAGAGUACACUGUCAAUGUGUCCAGGACUAGAGACAAAGCACAGUUUGGUGUUAAGGCUUCCAGUGGAGAGACUCUGAUCAACUACCUAGAGCCGGGAGUGGAAUACUGUAUCACAGUUAUUGCAGCAACACGUUUUAAGUUUGCGCUUCCUUCUGAUCCUCAGUGCACCUACACAAGCCCACAGCCACUCAACACAGUGGCUGUGCUUUUGAGCGCACUAUGUGCGGUCUGCCUCUUGGUGUUUCUCCUCUGUGCAGCUCUGAUCUACACCAGAUGGCUCAGAAACCUCCGCACAACACUCCCAAGUGUUUUAGUGAGUUUCUUUCCUUUGCUGGAAAGAUGAUGAGAAACAUGAGAAGUACUGUGAAUGGAAAAAUAAUGAAAUAUGAAGCUUUUGCUGAUAUCUCUUUUAAAAAAAAAAAAAGAAAAAACCUUCAUGUCUCUCUGAUCCCUAUGCAGAGGUUCUCCCAAACCCAAAUGACAUAGAAGAGGCUGCUUUUUUCUUGAUGUUUGAACGUUGAAAGAAAGAGUUCUUGUUUGUGCUGCAUUAUGUUGCUUUUCUUGAUGACAAGAACAUUGGAAAAAUCAAGGAAUAAUAAAAUAGAUGAUAUAAACACUACUUUCAUCAAUUUUCAGUCAGUAGCUUCCUACAUCAUAUAGAGUCAUGCUAAUUUAAGGACCAUGUUGCAGUAGAUUGAAUGUUUUACUGAUGUCCAUUUUUCAUACAAGCUACAUCCGGACAUGGAGAACCAAAACCAUGACAAACAUCUCUAUAUGUCACUCGUGAGGAAAUGGAUGAAUUGUUUUGAUAAAUUUGGGUAUUUUUUGUUUGUGAGUGUGUGUAUA